UGUCAGUCUCCAGUUUGCCGAGCGGGUGCAGCCCGACAGUGCAGCCAGUCGUUGCGGGGCUGGAUGGCACUGAUGCGGAUCUGCGGGAGUUCAUUGACCUGAAGGUGGGCAACAUUCUGCAACGCUUGGAAGGGCAGGAGAAGCUUCUAGAGUCGAUUUCGCUCAAGUUUGAGAAAGUGGAGCCAGAGAACUGGAAGGCCCAGCCCCGGGCAGGACGUUGGUCUGGAUCCAGAAGGCCCUCAGCAACAAUGGCAUCUGCCUCUGCCUUGGAUGUUGUCCCCAUCAGUGCGAGGAACAGCAACCCCUCCUCAACCCACGGCGGGGCUCUGCAUUUUGCCCCGCGCAUGCGGCAAAGCAGAGACGACCUGCGGAGGAAAGGAAGUAUGGCAAGUAUUGGGGAGGAGUUUGCCUCCAAAAAUGAAUGCUGCUAGGGACCAUGGUCAAAGACAGAUGGUAGCAGCAGUGGAAAGGAGGAAGGAGCCAGAGGUCCAGGUAAGGAGAUCAAGAAGCAGCACCAUCAGGUGGUUUCAAGCAAUGGUGACUCAUCCAGCCUUCGACGUGUUUUUCGCCGCGCUUGUGGGUUUGAACACUAUUUUUAUGGGCAUUGAUGCGGAACUGCAGUUAGCUGAUCAUAUUGAGCAAGGUGAAUCAGUGGCGUUAAGUGUCACGCGUAGAAUUUUCACAGUUGCCUUCACAGUGGAGCUCGUCUUGCGGAUUGUGGCGCACGGCCGGGAUUUCUUCUGCAAGGUGAACUUUUGGAACUGGUUAGAUACCGUCAUCGUGGUGGCUGGGCUAGCGGAGGCCACCUUCGAUGUGAUCCACGCAGCGGCGGGUGAGGCCAAUGUGCCAUCCAUGGUGAGUUGC